UGUCAGUGACUCGCCCUGCUCGCUGCCCGAGGCGCGCUGCCACUGCGGGAUAGCAAACACUCACCAUCUCACUCAUCCGCUCACUGCGGCUCAGCACUCACUCUCCUCCCCACUCACGAGCUUCACACAUGAGCAUUAAUUCAUUUACAGCCUUGGACAAAAUUCUGAAGAAGAAUCUGUAUGCAUUUUUUUUCUCCCACACACACACACGCACACACACACACACACACACACACACAGAAGUGCCUUUGUGCGACUGGAAAGAGCGAGUGCUUUGCUUGCUGGGAUACAAAAGGCACAAGUUUGCUCCUGUCAGGAGGAUUUAAACCUCCACUGAACACAGAGGCUGAAUGAGUCAGGCUGCAGUUAUGGACGGAACAACUCAGCGGUGACUGGGAUCACAAAUCAUUACUCGGGAUUUGGUGGAAAACAGAUCGAUCGUCAAAUCAACAAGAGAUGGACUCGAUCGGGAACACCAUGCAGAACAAGGCUGCUGAGCUGGAGCGCAUGGCUGAAGUGCUCGUUACUGGCGAGCAGUUGAGAUUGCGGCUCCAUGAGGGCAAAGUCAUCAAAGACCGGAGGCAUCAUCUCCGUACCUACCCCAACUGCUUUGUGGCUAAGGAGCUUAUUGAUUGGUUGAUCGAACACAAGGAGGCCUCAGACAGAGACACGGCCAUCAAGAUCAUGCAGAAGUUGCUGGACCAGAGCAUCAUCCAUCAUGUUUGUGAUGAGCACAAGGAGUUCAAAGACAUGAAGCUGUUUUACCGCUUCAGGAAAGAUGAUGGAACGUUUCCUCUGGACAGCGAGGCUAAGGUUUUCAUGAGAGGCCAGAGGAUAUAUGAGAAACUGAUGAACGCAGAGAACAACCUGCUUAAGACACGUGAGGAGGACAGCAUUUCCCAUGAGCGGACACUGGUGGGCUCGGAGUUUAUUGACUGGCUCUUGCAGGAAGGGGAAAUGGCCACCAGAGAGGAGGCAGAGCAGCUUGGGCGGAGACUGCUGGAGCAUGGAAUCAUUCAGCAUGUUACCAACAAGCACCACUUUGCGGACGGUAACCUCCUCUUUCAGUUCCGGAUGAAUUUCCGCCGGCGGAGGCGACUGAUGGAGCUGCUGAACGAGCGAACUCGCGUGAUUCCAGAGAGCCAUGACAGCCCGUUCUGCCUGCGCAAACAGAACACUGACAGCAGCAACAACAGCUUCCUCUCUGUGAGCCCCACUAAAGAGAUUAAGGUGGUGUCGGCAGUGAGGCGCAGCAGUAUGAGCAGUAGCUGUGGCAGCAGUGGUUAUUACAGCAGCAGUCCCACUCUGAGUAGCAGUCCUCCUGUGCUCUGCAACCCCAAAUCUGUGCUGAAGAGACAAGUAAGCCCAGAGGAGCUGCAGACUCCAGGAGGGCCCUUUAUAAAGAAGACAUUCACUAUUGUAGGUGAUGCAGUGGGCUGGGGCUUCGUGGUCAGAGGAAAUAAACCCUGCCACAUCCAGGCUGUUGACCCCAGUGGACCUGCUGCUGCAGCAGGGAUGAAGGUGUGUCAGUUUGUGGUGUCGGUCAACGGGCUGAAUGUGCUGAAUCUGGACUACAAGACUGUCAGUAACCUCAUCCUCACUGGACCCAGGACUGUGGUCAUGGAGGUCAUGGAAGAGGUGGAAUAUUAAAGACGAGUUCUUCAGCCUUUUCUCCUUAUUUUCUUUCUUUCUCUAUUAAUCAGUCACUUGUUUUUUUCCUCUGUGCAUAGUGUCAGUGAAAGCUUUUGGUGGAAUCUUCAGCAGAAUAUUCUAGAGAAAGGCAGAGAUCCAGUCAUCGGAUGUCACAUCAUCACUGUUGAUCUUAUCACUAUUAAUUCAAAAUUUGAGUUCAGUGACACUACUUCCUGUUCGUGCCUCACAUCAUUCGCCAAGAGACUCAUUAUGAGGACGUUAUGACGACAGAAGGGAAAAAGGGAAUUGUGUCAAGACGUCAUUGUAACGAACUGUGUACAGAUUGGAGAAAUUGUUCUAUACAGAUUUAUGAUAUGCUUCUUGAGUAUGGGAAUCCAUUCCUAAACAUUUUGUGUGUAGCAUUCAAGUGAUGACCAAGAGCUUCAUUCAGGCUUGAGCGAUGUUUAUGAGUAGCUGAGUGAGGCUAACAAUAACACACUGUUGUGUUGCAGUGCUGCAGUGCAGUCAUGCAUGGCUAACAAAGUGUCGAUUCCACGCAUUUUCAGGGCUAAGUGUCAAUAGGUCAUAUUUUGAGACACCCGAACGUUCUUUAAUUAGGAUUUAAAAGGGAUAAGCUUUACCUCGGCAGUGUCAGAAAUAUGUCACCUUUUUUUUUUGCAUCCAUAAACUUUAAUGAAGAAAAAUGUUGAUGUUGAAAAGAGGAACCACACUUACAUGUGAUUUCUGUAUGUCUGUAAUUUUUGAAGGUAAAUAUAGGACCCUUUUAAAACAUUAUUAUUUACACUAUAAUGUAAAUAUUUACCAAUAUUUACACUGCAAAGAAUGUUAUCUUAGCAAGUGAAAAUAUCUUGAAUAUAGUCAAAUUGAUUAUAUUAUAUAGUAUUUCCUAUUAUAAGAUGCAGAAAAUCAGCUGAUAGCAUCAAUAAUCUUUAUAUGUUGUUGAUUGUAAAUUUAUAAUACUAACUAAAUUUUACUAUAUUCAGCUAUGUCAAGAUAUUUUCAAGAUAUUUCCACUUGCUAAGACUACAUUUUUCCAGUGUAGUUACAGUGAAAGUGUCUGAUAGGUAACUGGAAGGCACUUUUUAGCUUUCUUUAUAAUGUGAAACAUAUAGUAGCAAUAGUGGUAACAUUUUUAUAUUAAGGUUCCUGUAUUUAUUGCAUUAAAAGUAACACAUGUUAAUCUUAGCAUUAAUAACUCAAGUAAUUUUAACAAAGUAAUUGAACUUACCUUUAAAUGGUAAUUAAAUACACCAGCAUUGACUAAUGUUUACUCAAUCCGUGACUAAAAAUAAGUCUACAGAAAUUAGCAAAAAAUAAAUUACACCAUGUUGCUAAAUGCUGAAAUUGUACUGAGGACUGGUCUCCAGGUGUAAAUACUGAAACUUGCUUUUCAGCCUCAGUCCUGAAUUUUACUAGUUAACAACCACUAACAUGUUGGUUCAUACUGCUCAUUGUUGCCUUAUGUUUACUUACUGAUUGUAUGAACAUUGGUUAAGGCAUACAGAUAUGUCGAUUAUUUGGCUUAUUUAGUUUUGGCUUAUUUUGGUUUAUAAAAAUCACUUGAUACAAGAGUUAAAUAAUUUGUUAAAGUUUUUGGUAACAUUUAUUAAUGCUGAAAACAAAUUAUGUCUUGUUCGUGUUACUAAUGCAUUAAAUAUUAGUUCAGGAAGCCUUAAUGUAAAGGAUUACCUCAAUAAUCAUAUUGUGCUAAAUAUUAAUAACAAUAUAUGAUAGCCAUAUUGUCUCAUGUCUGUAACAUGGCAGAAUUAAAAAAAAAAAAAAAAAAGAUCAAUAAUAUAGUAUUUAAUGCCACUUGCCAAAGUAUGCAAGUGUAAUCUAAGAAACGCACAUAUUUAAGAGUGAUUUUUUUAAUGUUUAGGAAUUGAAGAAUGAAAUCUGAAUUGGUCCAGUGCAUGAGAUUAGGUGUAAGUAGUGUUUGCUUACUUAAUUUAAAAAAGCAAAAAAACUAUUGAGGAUAAAUUAGCAGCGUUGGACUCACCAGUAUGUUUUAUGCUUCUCUUAAUCAAGGACAGUGGUACCAUCCAGUGAAUUUCCACUUCCAAUCCAUUUCAGGUUCAUAUUCCACAUCUCACUUACAGUGGAUUUGUAAUGAUGUUCCUAGAUGCAUGGAUUCCACAUAAUUGGUUUCACAGAUCGCACUGAAUUUGCAGUGCUUUUGCCUUAAUGCCAUUUAUUUUGCUGCUAAUCCUCAUGGCUGGUGAUCACCUAACACUCUCCACUGAACGUGAACACUUUUGUCUCAAGAGCUCUCUGUGUUAUAUGUGUUUUACUGCUUCUUACUGACAAUCAGCUUUCUAUUUCUGGGAGUAAGCACUCCCAGCAAGCUAUCUACCACAUUUUCCCUGGCACAUAAGGGUAUAAACAGAGAAGCAACUGAUAUAAAAGUAACAGCUCAUGAGUUCAGAAAAUGUACAGACACAGCAUAGAAAAUGUUUUACACACUAGAAGUGCAUCUGUCUAUAUAAGGGAAGUAAGCUGAAGGUACCACAUAUGUAUUUUGAAAAAUCAUACCAUGUCUGUUGAAAUGUUUUAUUAAACAUGUUGAUAUGAAUGAAUUACAGAA